AACCUUUUUAUAUGACAGCUUGAUUUGGUUUGGUGUCCGCUACUGUACUAUUGUGCUAUUUUUUGGUUUUUCUAACUUAUUCCCUCUGAAAAUGUCCAUUUCGACUGCCACAGAUGAUCGUACAGAAGGUGAUGAUGACACAUCACAGGGGAGCCAACCAAAAGAUGAAAGCAGUGAAUCAGAAAAUGAGAAUGAAAAUGAACCACAAAAUCAAAAUGGAGGCGGCCUGAGUCCUGAAGUUCAUGAAAUUACUAGUGAUGAAGAAAUAGUUACCAAUGAUGAUGAAUCUUCUAACUCUAGUAGUGAUUCAAAUGACAGUUCAGAAGAUUCACAACAAAGUAACCGAGACAGGGAUAAAAACAAAGAUGAAGAGCCGAUGGAAAAUGGUGAAGAAUCUGACAUUGAGGAAGUUAAUAUUGAAGACCCCUUAAACCAAGUUCCAAAUAAAAAUAAGCCCAUUGUGAUAAAUGAUACUAAAAAUUUAGCUGAACUAGCAUCAAAACAGAGUACUUCUAAUGGAGAAGAACCGAAUAAAGAGCCUACAGUUGUGAUAAUAGACACAAAUUCAAUUUUAUCUGGUAAAGGACCCACACCUGUGCCAAAUAAAACAAGCUCAAGUAAUAUUGAUGCCCACAAUUUGUGUCAAAGUAUUGCUGCAAGAGGAACUACAAUAACACCAAUAAGCAGUAAAAAUAACAAUACUAAAAAUAACCAAAAUAAUAUCCAAGCUCCUCAAUCUAACAUAUUGCCUUCUCUAACCGAUGAUAUGUUUGUAGUUGAAGCACCAUCAUUCAUUGUACCUUAUGUCUAUGAAAAACCUUCAUUAAAACCAUUUAGAGAAUUUGUGGAUAAAUUAGGUAAAGAAUUAGAAGAUCUGAAAGCUCAAGAAGAAGAAGAGAGACAAACAAAAGAGAAAGCAGAAAAGGAAAGAAAAGAGAAAGAGAGGAAGGAAAAGAUAGAGAGAGGAGAAGCAGUAGAGGAAGAAGAAUCAAGUGACAAGGAUACAAAAAAAGAAAGUGAAGAAAAGGACAAAAAAUCUGAAAAGAGACGACGGAAGCGUCGAAAUGAAGAUGAUGAUGAUGAUUCUUGGGAUGGUGAAUCUACCAGUGAAUCAGAUGAAGCAGCAAGUGAUGAUGAUACAGUAGUUAUUAAGGAUAAGGACACUACCUAUGAUGAUAUAAAGGAUCCAAUGGAUCUAAUUGGUAAAAGUGCAGGUGGCAAAUCAGAUAGUUACUUUGACUGUUCACUUGGACAAUUUUUUAUAAACAUUGGUAUAAAUCUAGUACAGGAGUAUGUUCAAAGUGAUUUAUUGAAAACACAAAAUAGAAAAAUGUACAAGGAGAAGAAGUCUGGACGUAGUACACGAGCUACAGAAGCAGCAAUUGCAUCUCUCACACAAAAUUUGGCAUAUAGUAAGAAACUGAAUGCCCCAUAUUCCUUGAAACAAAAGCAAUGUGAAUUUUGUAGUUUUAAAACAGAAUCAAUGCUUGUUAUGUCUCAUCAUUUAGAGGCACCACAUAUGAAAAAUAAUAUUUAUAAAUGUAAUACAUGUGCAUUUGAAAUAAGGAGCCCACAUGAUAUAUUAUUUCAUAUGGAAGCUGAACAUAAUAUUAGAGGUAGACUAGAGAGAGCUCCAGCCUAUCAACAAUGUCCGAGUUGCCACUUUGAGGACAAUAGUAAAACCAAACUUGCUCGCCAUCUCAUUGCCUGUGCUAAAAAGUUCAAACCAGAAUUUAAUCUUGGGCCACCACUAGAUUGGGAGCCUCCAGCAAAAAUACCAAAGUUAUCAAGAGCCCGCAACAAUAUAAUGGGUCCUUACCAAUCAAACUUUAAUCGCUCUCAAAUGGGCAUGAGUCCCUUGGGACGACCACCAUUGAGCAUAGGAAAUACUGUAAUACCCAAUAUGCCCAUUCUUGGUAGGCCCAGAGGACGUCCACCAUUAGGGGGUCCUUCUACACGUGCUCCUGUGUCAGGAGUGCCCAUCAUACGGAGUGGAGUUAUGAUUAUGCACAAUAAUCAAGCAAGUGGGACCACAAUUUCUAAUUAUCCAGUUGUACAGAACAAUCAAGGAAACCAUUCAGCUUCAGCUACUCCAAAAAUUUCUAUUACACCUCUACCCCGUGUUCCUCAGCCUUCUUCAUCCAACUCUUCUCAAAAUUCUAAGGCCACUUUUGUUAUUUGCGAAAUUUGUGAUGGAUACAUAAAGGAUUUGGAACAAUUGAGAAAUCAUAUGCAAUGGAUACACAAAGUGAAAAUUCAUCCGAAAAUGAUUUACAACAGACCACCACUCAAUUGUCAGAAAUGUCAGUUUCGAUUCUUCACUGAUCAGGGACUUGAAAGGCACUUAUUGGGUUCUCAUGGUCUUGUAACAAGUUCCAUGCAGGAAGCAGCUAACAAAGGUAAAGAUGCGGGUAGAUGCCCUGUGUGUGGCAGGGUGUAUCAGUGGAAAUUACUGAAUCAUGUAUCAAGGGAUCACAACAUGACAUUGAAACCAGCUCAUCUCUCCUACAAAUGCACAGUAUGCACUGCCACAUUUGGGAUGUACAAACAAUUCGAGAACCACGUAUAUUCGGCGCACAGCGUAGUCGCUAAACGAGUUAUCGAUAAGAAUAAGAGUGCUCCAGCUGCUUCAAAGCCCACCGACAAUGACUCACUGCUCAAGCCCCUGAAAAUCAGUGAUGAAAUCACUAUAAUACCUCAACCUGCCAAGUCGACUGUGACCAUUACUGCAAAAGGCAAAUAGCACUAACAAAUUUGACAACACUGGAAAAAACUAUCACUACUUAUAAAUGUUUCCCAUUAGCUUUUCAGCUAUGCACUUUGCAAGAUCAGGCAGUAUUUUGUAAAUAACCUGAUUGUAUGAGCGUUUUACACCUUAUAGAAUUGAUUUUUAAAUACAGAGAUAUUAUAUUGAUGACUUUGGUUGUCAAGUAAAUAUGAAUGUUAUUUUUAAAUAUAACAUAAAAACAAAAUAAAUAGUAAGCUGUAAAUUCAGUGUAUAAACUUAAUAUAAGCUCAUAAAAUAGGUAUUUUGUGACCUUUGUAUUGUUAGCGUGACUUUCCUAUGUGUACUGUGACUAGUUGGUUGUCCCAUGUUUUGUUUCUGUCACAAAAAGAAAGGAAUUUAACUAAGAUCUGCAUCAUCACUGUUUUUGUAGUGGAGAAUGCGCAAGUUAGUUAAUAGAUUUCGUAAUGGUUAUAAAGUAAUCUUAUUAUUUAUUUGCUUAUUACUCAUGUAUAAUCUGUGACCACGGUAAAUUAUUGUCUAUUUUCAUUUUAAUUCGCGAUUUAAAGCCGAAUGUUUUGGAAAUGUAAAGAUAAUCAUAAAGGAAGGCAUUAAUGAAGGAGGUAAAUCAAUUAUGAUUACGUAAGGUAUUAGUUAAGUUAUUAGGUUUAAUAAUUAAGUAAUAAUUAUUAUUAAUGUAUUACUUGAAUUUCCGUAUUUUUUCAACCUGCUUACCACAGAAACCUAAAUUCUUGCUGUAAACUUAACACAUCAGUCUUUUUAGUUCUGAUCUCAGGUUAGACUGGAGUGUUGAUUUGCUAUAGUUUACUAAAUUGUUAUCGUACUUAUAGAACUUAAUAUAGGUACUGUAUUCUUUUUUAUUUAAUUCAAAGAUGUAUGUUCACAUUUUGUGUCUGGAGGGUUUUGUAAUGAUAUGUGAGAAUUAAAUAAAGUUAUUGAAGUAAAUAAUGUGAAAUG